GCGGGCGUGGGCGGGCCGUUGAGGAGGUGGGGCGUGGAGCCUGGUAACCGUUGCCGAUAACAACGCCCCGCCCUGUCGCUGCGGGCGGGCGAGCCGGCGGGCGGCGCGAGGCUGGCGGCGGGAGCCGGAGGAGGAGCGGCCGCCGCCGCCACCGCCGCCGCCAUAGAGACUGUAGCCGUGGAGACUGUUACUUACCAACGGGGAGCAACACGCAGCAGCCGCCGCCGCCGCCGCGGGAGCCGCUGCCCGAACUCCCGGCCCGAACUCCAGAGCUGAGCAUGCAGAAUUCGGAGGGCGGCUCGGACUCGCCAGCUUCCGUGGCUCUGUGUCCCUCGGCAGCAGCUCAGGCACCCGUGGCCCAGCCUGUGCCAGCCUCCCCACAGAGAGUGCUGGUCCAGGCAGCGGGGUCGGCUCCCAAAGGGGCCCAGAUGCAGCCCGUCUCCCUCCCCAGAGUCCAGCAGGUGCCACAGCAGGUCCAAUCCGUGCAGCACGUGUACCCCCCUCAAGUACAGUACGUGGAAGGGGGAGACGCCGUCUACACAAAUGGAGCCUUACGGACGGCCUACACCUACAACCCCGAGCCUCAGAUGUACGCCCCCAGCAGUGCGGCUUCUUACUUUGAGGCCCCGGGCGGUGCCCAGGUGACCGUGGCAGGCUCCUCCCCGCCCGCAGUCCCCUCCCACAGCAUGGUGGGCAUCACCAUGGAUGUCGGAGGGAGCCCCAUCGUCUCCAGCGCGGGAGCCUAUCUCAUCCACGGGGGGAUGGACAGCACCAGACACUCCCUGGCCCACACUUCCCGGUCAUCACCAGCUACGCUUGAAAUGGCGAUUGAAAACCUCCAAAAAAGCGAAGGGAUCACAUCACACAAAAGCGGCUUACUCAACAGCCAUCUCCAGUGGCUGUUAGACAACUACGAGACUGCGGAGGGCGUGAGUCUCCCCAGGAGCUCUCUUUACAACCACUACCUCCGGCACUGCCAGGAGCACAAGCUGGACCCCGUAAAUGCCGCCUCCUUUGGGAAACUGAUCCGCUCUGUGUUCAUGGGCCUGAGGACACGGCGCCUGGGCACCAGGGGCAACUCGAAGUAUCAUUACUACGGGAUCCGCCUGAAGCCAGACUCGCCCCUGAACCGGCUGCAGGAGGACACCCAGUACAUGGCCAUGCGGCAGCAGCCCAUGCACCAGAAGCCCAGGUACCGGCCAGCCCAGAAGACGGACAGCCUUGGGGACAGCGGCUCUCACAGCAGCCCACACAGCACCCCUGAGCAGGCCAUGGCCGCCCAGAGCCAGCACCACCAGCAGUACAUAGAUGUCUCCCACGUCUUCCCUGAGUUCCCGGCACCCGACCUGGGCGGCGUCUUGCUGCAGGAGAGCAUCACGCUGCACGACGUCAAGGCCCUGCAGCUGGCCUACCGGCGGCAUUGCGAGGCAACUUUAGAUGUUGUAAUGAACCUCCAGUUUCACUACAUUGAGAAGUUGUGGCUUUCCUUCUGGAACUCCAAAGUCUCAGCCGGUGACCACCCUGCCUCUCUGUCUGCCAGCGAUGAAGAUCCAGAAGGCACCGUCCUCCCGAAGGACAAGCUGGUCUCUCUGUGCAAAUGCGACCCCAUUCUCAAGUGGAUGAGGAGCUGCGACCACAUCCUGUACCAGGCUCUGGUCGAGAUCCUCAUUCCUGACGUGCUGCGCCCCGUGCCCAGUACCUUGACACAGGCCAUCCGUAAUUUUGCCAAGAGUCUAGAAGGCUGGUUGACAAAUGCCAUGAGCGACUUCCCACAACAGGUCAUCCAGACCAAGGUCGGCGUGGUCAGCGCCUUUGCCCAGACGCUGCGGAGGUACACGUCCCUCAACCACCUGGCGCAGGCGGCCCGGGCGGUGCUCCAGAACACGUCCCAGAUCAACCAGAUGCUCAGCGACCUCAACCGUGUGGAUUUCGCCAACGUGCAGGAACAAGCCUCAUGGGUGUGCCAGUGCGAGGAGAGUGUGGUGCAGCGACUGGAGCAGGACUUCAAGCUGACCCUGCAGCAGCAGAGCUCCCUGGACCAGUGGGCCAGCUGGCUGGACAAUGUGGUCACCCAGGUCCUAAAGCAGCAUGCAGGCAGCCCCAGCUUCCCCAAGGCUGCCCGGCAGUUCCUGCUGAAGUGGUCUUUUUACAGCUCCAUGGUGAUCCGGGACCUCACCCUGCGCAGCGCCGCCAGCUUCGGCUCCUUUCACUUGAUCCGCCUGCUCUACGACGAGUACAUGUUCUACCUGGUGGAACAUCGCGUCGCCGAGGCAACCGGAGAGACGCCCAUUGCCGUGAUGGGAGAGUUCAACGAUCUGGCCUCGCUGUCCCUGACGCUUCUGGACAAAGAUGACAUGAGUGAAGACCGAACCAGCGAGGCCGACUCUGACGCCCGGAGCCUGGGGGAGCCCCUGGUGAAGCGGGAGCGCAGCGAGCCGAGCCACCCCCUGCAGGGCAUCUAGCACGGCCGGACCCCAGUGGUGCCUGUGGGGCGGGUGACGUGGCCUUGGCUCCUCACAGGCGCCUGGGCAGCGUCCUCAAGGACCGAUAAUCCUCAAGAAGAAACACAGUUGUUAACACACAGAGGUCCCACCCGGGCGCCCAGGUCUCUGCCCGGCUGAGUUUCCUCAGCCUCUGCUGGAAUUGUGACUGUGCCUGCAGGGACCCCAACUUGGGCGCUGGAAGGGGCCAAGCACCUCAUCACCACCGGCUAGAUGAGUUUGGCAGAACUCAUCUAGCUGAUUCCGUGAUUUUGAAAGGUCAGUGAGAUCCCAGGAAGGGAGGGUGCCCGCAGCUGCUGGGCAGACCGAGCUGACUGGAAUCCAAGGGGUUUGGGAACGCGAAGUGGAGCCUCAGCCUGGUGCCUCCGUGGCGUGAAGCCCGCACCCCAUGUGUCCCAGCUCUCGCCCCCCAUGGCCCAGGACGUGGCAGGCCACCUGCCCUGCGGGAGUCCCGGCUCUAAAAUGCCAGAGGCCUCUGGAAGCAGCUGCCAAACGCAUCCCUGGAUGACUCCCAGCCCACGUGGCUCAAAGAACCAGCGUGGAAACGGGCCCACUCGUGCCAAGACGUGGUGGUGUCUUUAAGAAUUAAAAACAGACGUUUUAUCAAUAGCAGAAAGGAUCUGGGCCCAUCAUAGUUCACAGUACCGAGCCAAACUGAACCACUGGGUCUGGAGUGAGUCUGCCCCCAGGGGCCAUGCUGUCAUGUCUCCGGGGCAUCUCCCGAGGGUGACAAGUUGCACACGCAGCCGCCCUCCUCCUGCCACGCAGAACCUCCCGGACACCUCCCGGAGCACUGUGGCCACAGGCAAGUCCCAUCGAACUGCUCCAGGUCAGAACUCUCUUCUGGGGACAGAGAAUCCCAAGGACUUUUGCAGCCCUGAUCUGUAAACACCCAGGUCUGUAUCCAUCGUAACACGUUGCACUUGGUUAUCUACGCGCAAGAGGUCCUUCCUCAUACCAGCUGCAGAGAAGAAAGACAAACCUCUGGUCUAGGAAGCACCUUCUUAUGAAAAUGCAAUAGUUUCUCUUUUUGAAAAUAAGUUUAUACCAUAGUUUUGUGCUCUAAUUGUUAUUAGAACGUUUCUUAUGAAUGUGUAUAUUUGGUCCCAGAUAUUUUGUUCUCAUUCAUGCAGAAGGUACUAACGUAAACUCACCUGGCCUUUAAAACCCUUAUGUCCCUACACACAGGCGCGCUGUGCAGGCCUCGGCCCAGCCAGGUGAAUGGGGAGGGGCGGGGAGAGCGGAGAGCGCGCUGGUUUAGAAGCCAAAAGUUCUAAUAGUCGCAGUGUUUGUCUGGUCUUAGAGUUCAAGCCUUAGCUGAAGUCAGACAGAAAGAAUGUCUUUAAAAUAUAUCUCUCCUCUCCCGGG